AUGAAGUUACCGCGGCCCAAUCCACGCAAAUACCUCACUAAAUCUUACUGGCACCUCUCAACGCCCCCCGCGUCGAUCGGCUACCUGUUCCUGUGGCUCGCGGACGGCGCGAACGUCGGCACGAUGCAGCAGGCGGGCGCCAUUGUAUCGCUGGGCUUGUCGUGGCGCGAGGCGUCUGCGGCGACCGCGAUAGGCAACAUCGUCAUCGCCGCCGCCCUCACGCUGAACGGCGCCAUCGGCUCACGGCACCACGUCCCGUUCUCCAUCGCCUCGCGCGCGUCGAUGGGGCUCUAUCUCUCGUACUUUGCCGUCGUGUCGAGGCUUGUGCUCGGGCUUUUGCACUUCGGAAUCAAUACGUAUAUCGGCGCGAGCUGUAUGCUGAUUAUGCUCGAAGCUAUCUGGCCGUCUUUGAAACACUACCCGAACAGUAUACCGGCGCACAUCGGCAUCACGAGUAACAAGAUGAUAGCCUACUUCGUCUUCUGGACCUACCUCACGCGCUACGCCCACAAGACCUCCGACGCCUACUGGCAGCUCCUCUUCGCCCCCAUCGUCUACUUAUCCUUCUCCUUCAUCGGCAUCGUCAUUGCCUCGGCCGGCCAGUCCAUCUACGGCAAGCUCUACUGGGACCCCACGUCCAUCGUCGCGCUCCUCCCCUCGCGCGCCGCCUCGUUCUUCUGCGCCUUCGCGUUCGGACUGGCUACGUUGGGCACGAACAUCAGCACGAACUGCAUAGCGAGCUCGAACGAUUUCGUGUUUCUGGCGCCGAGGUGGUUGAGCAUACGACGUGGGGCGCUGUUGACGGCUGUGCUGUGCGGGUGGGCGACGUGUCCGUGGAUGAUCCAGGCUAGUGCUACGAGCUUGACGACGUUCUUGAGCGGGUAUACCAUUGUGCUUGCUCCGAUUAUAGCUAUCAUGGUGACCGACUACUACCUCGUCCGCCACAUGCACCUCCAUAUCCCAGCACCGUACCAGAACGAGGGCAUAUACAGGUAUCGGGCCGGCGUCAACUGGCGCGCGCUCGUGACUUUGCUCGUCGUGGUGCCGAUCCACCUGCCCGGUCUGAUCCACGCCAUCGACCCAAAAGUCGAUAUAGGCAACUACCUCUACUUCUACAAAGCGUUGUGUUUCACGUCGUUCUUCAUCUCCGCCUCGAUAUACUUCGUACUGUCCAGGCUCUUCCCGCCGACUGCGACACUCGUCGAGCAGGCUGUUGGAAGUCUUCAAGGGGAGGGGAAGCACGGUGUGGAGGAGCCUUCUUCCGAUGAGCAGAAGGUGCCGGAGUCGGAGAAGGAUGCUGAUCUAGACGUAUUUGAAGGAGAUGCAGUCAAUCGUGUAUGA